GAAUAAGCUUUUAACAAAGCCAUGAGAAGCUUAAGUUAAUGAAUGGCACCUGCGGAACGUAGCGAAUCGAACUUUCCCUGUAGUUAAGAGGGAUCAAAUUCGCUCAGGUUUGAACAUUAGCAGCUAAUAUUUUAAGUACGCAGUCGGAUCGAGAUUGUUAGAAAACGAACAGAAAGCGGUUACGGUUAGCUGUCUUCACAGACCCGCGGCAAGGCAUUUUAACUACCUAGGGAACCAACAUUGGAAGGAAAAAAGAUUCUGAAUACAUUGAUGACGCAGAUAUGGACGUCGUGAGGUACCCCGAGUUAGACUCUUUGAGGUAGCAAAAGAAAGCCCAGUGCGGGCCGGGAAGAUGCCAUUCAGAGCAUUGAAAGAACGGUAUAGCAACUACAACAACCUAUGGCUUCAGGCUUUGUUUACUUUGUUCUUACUAACUACAAGAUCAGAAACCGGUGAAAUCACUCUGGGGUUUUUACUGCCAUUUAAUGUUCCGACGAAUAAUUCUGCCGCGGUGGCGCUUACAUCAGCAAAAGACUUCGCUUCUGCGUUUCUGCUGGCUGUGGAAGCAGUCAAUGAUUCAUCAUUGCUACCCGGGAAUCGAGUAACCUUUGUUUUGAACGAUACUCAGUGCAACGAUGAUAUUUCAAUCAAGACCAUGCUCUAUCAGUUGGAGAGAGGUGUUAAGGUUAUCAUAGGACCUGGAUGUACCUGUGCGACAGAGGCGAAGUUAGCAGCAGCCGCGAAUGUCCCUAUGGUUUCGUACAUGUGCAUUGACGAAAAUCGCUCUGAUAAAGUACUUUUUCCAACAUUCGCUCGGACAGUUCCGCCAAUUAGCAGACUUUCUCCGCCGCUACUCGCACUAAUGGAGCAUUUUAGAUGGACUCGCGUUGGAAUAAUCGCUCAAACCAAUCACCGAUGGUCUCAUUGGAAAGCGUUGGAGAGCGACCUGAGAAACGGGGGCUUGGCAGUGGGCAUCAAUCUGACCCUGACGAUGGGUGUCCAUUUCAACGUCUCCAGUUUGUUACCCGAAUUUGAAGAACUUUUUGAGACAGUGGCGAAACAGUCUCGAAUCAUCAUUUUAGCUAUGGAUUACGCCUAUGCCCGCCAAGCUCUGAAUUACGCCGGAAAAAUUGGUUUAAAUGACGGUCGCUUUGCAUUCAUCAUGUUUGAGCUGGAUUUAGACUUUACUGGGAACAAGACGGGUAAUUUGUCAAAAUCAUGGGAAAGUGAUUCAAAAAACACAACUGGGACAGUCUUUGAAUCAGCUCUGUUAAUCUCUUUGAACAACAACGUAAGCAAGGAAUACUUGGCCUUCGCAGACGAUGUGAAAAAGAAAAGUUCAAAAUUCCCAUUUGACAGCCCUGCGUCUUCAGGGAACAUGCCUCCUAUACAAGCAGCCUACCUGUAUGACGCAGUUUUUCAGUACGCCGUUGCCUUGAAUAAAACUUUAACCAAUGGAGGAAAAAUUUCAGAUGGCCAGAAAAUUAUAAAGGAGAUGCUUGGACAACAAUUUGGAAGUAAAAAAGAAUAUCAAAAUAUUUAUUGAAUACUUAUCUAAGCGUUUUUUUACUGUUCAGGAAUGUUCCAGCAGGUUGGAGAGUUUGUUGUUGACAAGACAGGAAAGUACAAGCUUCUCUUGAGCAAUGACUCGAUUAUUUGGCCAAAUAAUAGUUCCGCCCCUUCCUCUGAUGUACUGCAGUGCAGGUCAUGUGACGCCAGGUGCUAUAACGAAGGAAAUUUAACGAUCGGCCUGAUUCUUCCUUACUCUGCAUCACCUGGUAGCAGUCGCGCCCUCGACGGGAAAUUCUACGCUUCUGCCAUCACUAUCGCUGUAGACAACAUCAAUAAAGAUUCCAACCUUUUGCCUGGAAUUCGCCUCAGAUUCGUAUGGGAUGACUCAGAAUGCUCGGAAGAGAAGUCAAUAAAUGCACUUAUCAGUCAAUUCGAGAGGAAAGUGGACGCUUUCAUUGGAUUCGGUUGCGAUUGUCACACGCAAGCAAGAAUGGCGGCGGCGUUAAAUUUGCCUGUUAUCUCGCAUCUCUGCACAUCAAACGCGGUUUCCGAUAAACAGCUUUAUCCAACCUUCGCACGAACCAUUUUCGGCGACAAUAGCAUUGGUCCGUCGGUGUCGGCGAUUAUGAACUAUUUUAACUGGAACCUGGUCGGAAUAAUCAGCGAGGAGGAGCACGACUGGAAACGAAGGGCAGAUUUCUUAGAGUCUUUUUUGGGUUCCGUUGGAAAAACAGUCACGAUGCACAGUAGAGUACCGUAUAUUCGUUUGUAUAAAGCAAAAGAACAUGGCGAACAAUUCAAAGAAGUUUUAAGUCAAAGCAAAAACAAAGCCAGAAUCAUUAUUCUUGCCAUGGAACAAAGACUUGUGAGAGAGGCAAUGUACUAUGCCUCUAAACUAGGAAUGAACAAUGGAGAUUACGCCUUCAUUUCUUUUGAACUGGAUCCUGUCCUAGUUCAAAGAUAUACAGCAAAACCAGCUCUUUUGUUUGAUGGCAAAUAUCCGUCAACGUGGAUGAAGUCUCUCUCCGAUCAAGAGAAAAAGGAGUUAUACGACGCGUACAAAUCGAUGUUACUCAUGGUUUUUAACACUUUGAAGAUUGAGGAGUAUGAGAAUUUUACAGUUGAAAUGAAACACAAAAUGUCUGAGCCGCCAUUCUGUAGUGAUGCUUACAAGGGAUAUCAAAUGAUUGGAGAUCUCCUGUAUCCAAAUUUUGACAGAAGGGCCCCUAUACAGACGGCUUACCUUUACGACGCGACGUAUCUGUAUGCUAUUGGAGUUAAUAAGACAAUUUCUGAAGGAAAGAACGCUACUGAUGGUAGAGCAGUGAUGAGUGUUCUAUAUGGCAAAUCAUAUUCCAGCAUUCUUGGCUAUGAUAUAUUUCUCAAUAAAAACGGAGAUGUGCAACACAAUCUCACAGUAAUGGACUUCAAUGAAAACUACGAGGAGCCAAGAUUUGAAAACAGAGGAAUGUUUAAAGUAGAGGAUGAUAAAAACAACACAAUUUCUUUCGACCUGUAUCCGAACGCCACCAUUUCGUGGAUCAAUGACAAAGCUCCUGUUGAUGCUCCAGAAUGUGGUUUUGAAAAUGAGAAAUGUCCCGUGGAGGUGAAAAAAAAGCUAUCGGUGGCGGAGAUAGUUUCCAUUUGUCUUGGUGUCAUGGUGGUAGUCAUUCUGAUUGCUGGAGCCAUCAUUUACAGAAAACAGAAACUUGAGAAAGAACUCGCGAGCAAUUCUUGGCGAGUGAGCUAUCAGGAAAUUUCUCUAAGAACAAGACAACCAGGAUCUCUACGCAGCCAGGUUAGCUUGGUUUCCACUGAGAGCUUUGAUAACCUCAAUCAACGCCAACUCUUCACACUCGUCGGCUCUUGGAGGGGCAAUACAGUCGCUAUAAAGAAAGUCAGCAAGAAAAACUUGGAACUGAACAGGGAGGUCAGAAUGGAGCUCAAGCAGAUGCGCGAUGUCCAUCAUGACAAUUUGGCACAGUUCAUGGGCGCAUGCGUAGACAUCCCCAACAUCUGCAUCUUGUUCCAGUAUGGACCAAAAGGAAGCUUACAGGACAUUCUUGAAAACGAAGACGUGAAAUUGGACACCAUGUUUGUGACGUCAUUGGUGACAGACGUUGUGAAGGGAAUGGCUUAUUUGCACAGCACAGACAUAAAGUCACACGGGGAUCUGAAGUCGUCAAACUGUGUAGUGGAUGGCCGCUGGGUCCUGAAGAUUACUGAUUAUGGGCUCACAAAGUUCAAGGCAAAUCAAGCUGAAAGAGAUGAAGGAGAUUACGCAAAGUUCUACCGUUUGAUGUGGACUGCACCUGAACUUCUGCGCGCGGGCAAAGGUCAACACGGUAGAGGCACUCAAAAAGGAGAUGUGUACAGCUUCGCUAUCAUUUGUCAGGAGCUGCUGACUCGUUCAGGGCCUUUUGAUAUGUCUUAUUAUCACAUUGAACCAAAAGAAAUUAUCCAGAGAGUCAUGAUACAUGAGAACCCACCUUUUCGUCCGAAGCUCAGUAACAUUGGGAAGGAAUGCGAAGUCCCUGGUUUGAUACAAAUGACGGAAAAAUGCUGGAACGAACAACCCGAAGCCAGACCUGAAUUUGAAGAUUUGAAGAGACAAAUCCGAAAAAUGUCUGUUGGAAGGCAAACAAACAUAAUGGAUAACAUGGUGAACAUGUUGGAAAAAUAUGCAAACAACUUGGAAAGCUUAGUGGAGGAAAGAACAUCGCAGCUGGCCGAUGAAAAACGAAAAACUGAGAAUCUCCUGCACAGAAUGCUUCCUCCACCUGUCGCACGUGACCUUGUUAAUGGAAAGACUAUAGUGCCGGAAAAAUUCGAUGAAGUAUCAAUUUUCUUUAGCGAUAUCGUCGGUUUUACGUCGUUAUCUUCGGAGAGCACCCCUUUUCAGGUUGUGGAACUUUUAAAUGAUUUGUAUACUUUGUUUGAUGACAUCAUCAGUAAUUACGACGUGUACAAGGUGGAGACAAUUGGUGACGCUUAUAUGGUGGUUUCAGGACUGCCAAUCCGGAAUGGUCAUCAACACGCCGGGGAAAUAGCAAGCGUGGCUCUGCACAUGCGUAAAGAGAUAUAUAAUUUUAAAAUACAUCACAGGCCUCGUGAACAGUUAAAGCUCAGGAUAGGAAUUCACAGUGGACCUGUUGUUGCGGGUGUGGUCGGUAACACUAUGCCUCGUUACUGUUUGUUUGGUGAUACAGUAAACACUGCCUCUAGAAUGGAAUCCAAUGGAGAAGCUCUUAAGAUUCAUAUCAGUCCGGACGCCAAGAAUCUUCUGGAAUCUCUUGGUGGUUAUCACAUUGAAAGGAGAGGAGAAGUAUUUUUAAAGGGUAAAGGUACGUGGACAACAUUCUGGCUCGAAGGAUCUGCUACGCCAUUGAGAACGCAUCAUCAUGGACUGAAUAAAGAAAAGCAUACGGCGCCGCUGGUACACAAACAGGAUGAAAAAAACGGCUGGAAAUUAGUGAAGGAUUUACUGCCAAAACUUGCAAAGCAGUCUAAAAACGGAACACUCCCCUCUAUCGAACCGUCUCCUUUGCCCAAGCGUUGCGUCCAGCUGCCGCCAAUAACAUCAUGAGCUUUCAUCAACGACAAUUUGCAGAUAGUCUCUCACGGUCUUUGCAACGAUUUGCCGACGCAGUCCUCUGCUUGUCAGUUCAUUAAUUAUAUUUACAGGAUGUUCAAGGCGGAACUUAGUAAGUAAGAUAAUAUAUAUUUGUUUGGUAGGCGGCUCAGGAUGUCUGGAAGCGAUGCUGGAAUGGACUAAUUCAUGUAUCUCUAAAUGGCGCUACACAUGGCCAUUUGCGAAAGAGAGAUAUAUUUAUUACAACUGACAAUUUCUUUGAAAACAUUCAACAUGUAAAAAGCCGACAUGUACUUUAUUCGGCUCAGAUGUCACGAACAUGACAUAUACACUUAAGAUUGUUACCAUGAAAAUGAAAUAGUGGUAAACUGAUAUUUUAAAAUAAUCGAGAUUACUCUAGGCAUGAGGGUGACUGCUGAAUGCUUCAUGCUACACAUCAAACGACGGAAACAACUGGGAAAAAUUCAAAAUGCUCUGUGUGUUUUUUUUUCUCUUCGGGAUCCUUAUAUCAUUCGAGAAAAUUCUUAUCAUACUCAGUCAUCAAGGAUCGGCUAAUGUUUACCGUUCAUCAGAGUCUCGUCGAUACACGCAUAAAAAAUAAA